AUGGGUUCCACAGCGGCCCUUAAAGAACUACAGAGAGACCUUGAGAGCAAGGCCAACGAUCUGAGCAAACUCCAAAAAGAUAUAGCUAAGAACCACCAAGUCCGAAAAAAGUAUACUAUUCAGCUUGGAGAAAACGAGCUCGUUCUAAAGGAAUUGGAUCUGUUGAACGAGGAUGCAAACGUUUACAAGUUAAUCGGACCAGUGCUAGUCAAACAGGACUUGGCGGAAGCUAAUGCCAAUGUUCGCAAGCGAAUAGAUUACAUCUCGGCGGAAUUUAUGCCUGACCUAUUUACUCUGGUUGAGCUCAUAUCUGAAACACCUUAUGUAUUUCAUGGAGCCUCAGCCAAGAAGCAAAUUGAUUUGUAA